GCCUAUAAGUAUGCAUGAAAGGGCGAUGCCAUGGUCAUCUCGAUUCUCGAUCAUCGCAACACCAACCAAGCAAUAAUCACAAGCUAGCGGCUUGCUAGGUGAUCGAUCGACCAUGGCCGCCUCCUCGCAGCAAUCGUCACAUCAUCACCUGCUAGUCCUGCUGCUGCUCUCCUGCAGCCUCGCCGGCGCCGCCACCGCGGGUUCCACGAUGCAAUGCCACGACGAGGACCAGGCGGCGCUGCUGGCCAUCAACUCGGCGCUGGGCAGCCCCUACCACUUCGCGUCCUGGACGCCCGACACCUUCUGCUGCGACUGGUACGACGUCGACUGCGACAACGCCACCGGCCGCGUCGCCGGCCUCUCCGUCUUGGGCGACGGCAACGUCACGGCCGCCGCCAUCCCGGACGCCAUCGCCAACCUCACCGGCCUCCGCUUCCUCGUGCUGCGCCACCUCCCGGGCCUCUCCGGCGCCAUCCCGGACUCGCUCGCCCAGCUCUCGGGCCUCACCCAGCUCACCAUCUCCUACACCGGCGUGUCCGGCCCCGUGCCGGCGUCCCUGUCCCAGCUCGUCGACCUCGCGCUCCUGGACCUCUCCUUCAACGCCCUCACGGGCGCCAUCCCGGCGUCGCUCGCCGACCUCCCCGCCCUCGCCAGCAUCGACCUCAGCCGCAACCGCCUCGAGGGCCCCGUCCCGGCGCUGCUCCUCGGCAGGUGCCCCGGCCCGGCCGAGCUCCGGCUCUCGCACAACAACCUCUCCGGCGCCAUCCCCGCCGGGUUCGCCGCCGUCAACUUCACGCACCUGGACCUGUCGCGCAACUCCCUGACCGGCGACGCCUCGGCCGUCCUCGGGCGGGGGAAGCCGCUGCAGCACCUGGACCUGUCCCGCAACGACCUGCGCUUCAGCCUCACGGGCGCGGAGCUGCCGGAGCAGCUGGCCUACCUGGACCUGAGCCACAACGCCAUCCGCGGGCGCGUGCCGGCGCAGGUGGCCGACCUCGCCGGCCUGCAGGUCUUCAACGUCAGCUACAACAAGCUCUGCGGCGUGGUGCCCACCGGCGGGGUCAUGGAGAGGUUCGACGCCUACAGCUACCAGCACAACAAGUGCCUCUGCGGAUCCCCGCUCCCGGCCUGCCACCGUUACAUGCUCCUCUAAUUCAAAUCUCUCCAAACAGUUGGUGCAUCCACUGCACGAGAGGACGAAGCUAAGCUCAUUAAGCAAAUAAUUCCAAGUACAACGAACACAUAACAAGAGAAAAGAAGUGAUUAAAUUAAAAGACGAGUGAGUGAUAUGAUCCUGGAAUCAAUAACAUCGACUCAUAUGGUUAGUGCAUCUAUCCCGAGAACGACCCAGAGGUAAUAAGUACAUGCAUGUAGGUACUAUAGAGUAAUGGUUGUGUGUUUUGGGUUUGUACACCUAGCUAGCUAGAGACAGCAGGUUAAGCUCAAUAUUGUUGCCUUGCAUUGUUUUGCAACGCAGUCGCAUCAAAUUAAACUAGUGGGCCGGUCUUACCUUC